GGUCAAAGAAGCUUGUAAGACUAAUAAGCUGUAGGGUUUUAAGACAUGGGAAACUUGGAUGAUGCAUGUUGAAAAGUCUUAUUUGUCUCCUUUCUCAUUCUAUAUCUCCCCAUGUUCUCCUCUCAGAAGUAAAUGGUCUACCAUUCCUUUACGGAGAAUAGCUCACAGCCAUGGCCGACAACGGCUUUGGAUCAGGCCUCGAAGGCAUAUCCCAGACCACAAUAACCGUCGUUCUCGUCUUCCUCGCCAUAUCGCUCUACAACGUCAUUGAGCUCAACUUCAUCAUCUUUGGGACCUUCAAGCGUCACUCCGGUCUCUACUUCUGGUCAUUCCUCGUUUCAACAUGGGGAAUCGCCGUGUACUGCUGUGGUUUCUUCAUUAAAUACUACGCCUCUUCAGCUCUGGGGUAUCUCGCCUCGACGUUCAUCUCAGUAGGAUGGGUAGCCAUGGUGUCGGGCCAGUCGCUCGUGCUUUGGUCAAGACUACAUCUUGUUCUGAGGAAUAGAUUCAGGUUGAAGGCGGUGUUGUACAUGAUCAUCAUUAAUGGCGUUCUUAUGCAUGGAGCUGUUAUUCCUAUGAUCUAUGGCUCUUUUUCACCAAAUACAGAUAUGUGGAAACAGCCAUACUCCAUUAUGGAGAAGAUCCAAGUCACCGUCUUCUUCAUACAAGAGAUUAUCAUUUCAUGCUUCUACAUCUACGAAACAGUCAAGAUGAUGCGUCUGGAACGCACAAUGGGAAACAAGCGCGGAAGCCGACGUCUAAUGAACCAUCUCGUCUACGUCAACAUCCUCAUCAUUCUUCUCGACAUCACCAUCCUAGGCCUUGAGUACGCCGAUCAAUACCAGUACCAAACAUCAUACAAAGCCUUUGUGUACAGCACAAAACUCAAGCUAGAGUUCACUAUUCUCAACCGUCUCGUUGAGAUGACUACGGGCAACAAGGAUGCUAGCUCUGGGCCUCGGAGUCACACCGCUGGUACAACGACAGGAAACAAGACGAAUAUCGCUCUUGAUACCUUCAUCAGCAAUACUGUUGACAAGCCCCCCGGUGAUAUAUCGUAUAGAGCUUAUGUCAUGGGUGGUGAUGAACGACAGGCUCCUCGACAAACACCUAGGGAUGAUGAGGUUGUCAUGACUACAGAGGUCAUCGUUCAACGGGAAGAGCGAGAAGAUGAUGGUAUGAGUAUGGGCGGAAAGUCAUCCGCUGAAUCUACGAUUGGGACGUCAAAGGGGCAUCACUAUGAAAGUGAGGGAUUGUCGAAAUCUUCGUCAGAAUUGCAUCUAGCGACGCGAGGCUUUUAAUCAGAACAAGGACAUUACGACAACUUCAACACAAUAUUUUCUCCAUAUACACAUUGUUAUAUAUACCCGGUAUCUAAAAACCACAACACUACAUAUUUCUUAUAACAAAUACAUACUUCAAUCUUCAGCAUAAC